AUGUUGAAUAUUCAAGUUGGUAUGUUGAAUAUUCAAGUUGGUAUCUUGAAUUUUCAAGUUAGUAUCUUGAAUUUUCAAGUUAGUAUGUUGAAUAUUCAAGUUGGUAACUUGAAUUUUCAAGUUAGUAUCUUGAAUUUUCAAGCUAGUAUGUUGAAUUUUCAAGCCAGUAUGUUGAAUUUUCAAGUUAGUAUGUUGAAUUUUCAAGUUGGUAUUUUGAAUUUUCAAGUUAGUAUUUUGAAUUUUCAAGUUAGUAACUUGAAUUUUCAAGCUAGUAUCUUGAAUUUUCAAGUUAGUAUGUUCAAGUUAGUAUUUAGUAUCUUGAAUUUUCAAGUUAGUAUGUUGAAUAUUCAAGUUGGUAACUUGAAUUUUCAAGUUAGUAUCUUGAAUUUUCAAGUUAGUAUCUUGAAUUUUCAAGCUAGUAUGUUGAAUUUUCAAGUUAGUAUGUUGAAUUUUCAAGCUAGUAUGUUGAAUUUUCAAGUUAGUAUGUUGAAUUUAGUAACUUGA